CUUAUCAUCUGUUUACAAACUCUCAACACCGCAAAAAGUAACGCUCCGAAAACCAUGAAAGUGGGCGUCCCAGUAACUCACUCCAGCAAAAGUACUGAUAAACCGAGUGUCCAGAGUUGUUAUCCACCAAUGAUCGUUGAACAUCGGCAUUUAUCACAAUUCUGAUUCGUUGACAUGAGGGAAGGGGGCGUGACCACAGCGUGUACGACCUGACCACGCCUACCGGAGAGUCAGGCGCGUCUGCCGCCCCCACUUCUCAGUCUGUCUGCGUCUCCCCAAGGACGCGUGUCCAACGGCCCUCUCUCUCCAGACGAAACCACACAAACAAACCGGCUUCCACCCCCUCCCCACCCCUGCGCCGGUGGCGCGGAAGCGGGUAGUGAGCGACCGACAGAAGGUACAGUCCCGUUCGCUAGUCAAUCGCACGUACCUCACCCACUCGGAUGCUCUUGACAGUGUUGACAGUUGUGUUAUUUUUCAAAAUUUUCUCCGGUUACCGAUGUCCACACGCGUCCGGACGAUUCUCAGCCGCUGAGACUGGUGCGUGCAAUUAUCAUUUCGAACAAUUAUCAGUGUCUUCAGGGUCAACCAGGCCCUGAAGAGCAGCAGUAAACUGUCAUGGGCCGUAAUUCGAUAAUCAGUGAUUACUCCGUAUAAAUGGAUUUAUUUUCGUGAUCUUCGGAUGUGAUUAGUUGAUGACAGACCAGUGAGUGAUAAAUAUCGUUAUUGUGGAGGAAAAGGAAUGCUGCCCUAUCAGGUGGCGAUGGACUACGGGGGCUUUCAGCGACAAAGUCCAGUUGGGGUUGGUGUUGCUGGGGUUGGGGUUGGUGGUGGGCAUCAAGGCCCAUCUGGCCCCUUAAACAUCAACCCCGCAUUCACUCACUCCUGGUUCGUACCGGCGGACCUCUGUGUCCCGUACAAACAGAAUCAGGGUUCUCUCCUCGAGCCAGGUUUGUUGGAGAUGCGGAAGGAGAAGAGCAGAGAUGCCGCCAGAUCACGACGUGGAAAGGAGAAUUUUGAAUUUUAUGAGCUCGCAAAAAUGCUACCACUGCCCGCCGCAAUCACGUCGCAGUUGGAUAAGGCAUCGAUCAUAAGGCUGACUAUUUCAUAUCUCAAAUUGAGGGAUUUUUCGGGGCAUGGAGACCCACCAUGGAACCGAGACACACCACCGUCCAAUAAAAUUGUUAAAGUUUCAGGAGCUAAAAGAACCAGACUGUCGUCAACGGCAUUUGCAGAAGACAUGUUCGAACAACACCAGGGAACUCACAUUCUCCAGUCGUUGGAUGGUUUCGCAAUGGCAGUAGCUGCUGAUGGACGAUUCCUGUAUAUCUCCGAAACGGUCUCCAUUUACCUCGGUCUAUCCCAGGUGGAGAUGACGGGAUCUAGUGUUUUCGACUAUGUCCACCAGCAGGAUCACGCCGAGGUUGCCGAGCAACUUGGCUUGGGCCUGACAUCCACGGGCUCAUCGUCGGGUCCGCACUCCUCAAGUUCUGGUCUGGCGUCUCCCAGUAGCGCUGCUUCUGAAGAGCACGGUUCUACUUCUACCGCUAAUCCUGAUGUUUCCUCUGUGAUGUCAUUAACUACAACUGGUCUGUACAAAGGAUACGAUAGAGCAUUCUGCGUCAGGAUGAAGUCAACGUUGACUAAAAGAGGAUGUCAUUUCAAGUCUUCCGGAUACAGAGUUGUAUUGCUUCUCUGUCGACUGAGGCCGCAGUAUCCCUUCAGUCAUACGAGAAAAUCAUCACCACCGUUGAUGGGUAUGGUCGGCAUCGCCAUUGCUCUGCCACCACCAAGUGUACAUGAGAUUCGGCUCGAGGCUGAUAUGUUUGUUACUAGGAUCAGCUUUGACUUCCGGAUAGCACAUUGUGAACCAAAAGUUUCAGAGUUAUUAGAUUAUACGGCUGACGAGCUCACCGGCAAGAGUCUCUACGCCCUUUGCCACGGAGAAGACGCUAAUCGUCUCCGAAAAUCUCACGUCGAUCUUAUCAAUAAGGGUCAAGUACUCACACACUACUACAGAUUAAUGAAUAAAAGUGGGGGAUACACGUGGCUGCAGACCUGUGCUACAGUUGUUUGUAAUUCAAAAAAUGCUGAGGAGCAGAAUAUUAUUUGUGUCAACUACGUCAUCAGCGGAAGAGAAUACGAGAAUUUGAUAAUGGACUGUUGUCAACUGGAAGACGGUGUAUCCGGGGUAAAACGUGAAGAUGCAGCGGGGAAUGAUCCUGAGAACGGCUCCCCGGACGCCGACAGAGGAGAAGGCAGAAACAGCGGUGGUUCAUCGAAUUCUCAUCCCGACAAUCCCCACCAUUCACCCCCUGAAGAUCGCGAAGACAGUAGAAAUUCCGAAGGUGAGACACGUGGUGGUCGUCACCACGAAAAUGUAUCCCAGCUACAACAGGAGCCACAAGCAGCAGUGACAAAUUUGGGUAGUUUAUCAGUUAAAUCCCUGACACGUCACAAACGAAAAUAUCCCCAAGAGGAUGAGAGUUCAUCAUGUGAAGAGGACGACGAAGAAGACACCGUAAAAACAUCGAGAAAUCAUGCCCUGAGUCCAGCAUCAUCGAGUCACUCAAUUCCCACUGAUCAAGUCCUGAGAUCGAGUCCAAAAAUCCGUAGAACUGAAGCAAGAGAUGAUGUUCAUGGUGGUACAUCAGUGAAGGAUUUGGAGCAGGCAAUGUCCAAGCAUUUGCCAGGUGCAUCACUGAGUAAACCAGAAUCACCAGCUCUUCAUCAACCAACAGAUUUCAGUACAGACGCACUGCUGAAGCAGCAGCAGCAGAAGUCAACGAUUCAGUGGAUAGGUGCACAUCAUCAUCUGGGCCACCUGAGCCCCCAGCAAUCGUCAACAGCUCCACAUCCAGCCUCAGCCCUCCUUCGACAGCUCUACGUCAAUCGAGAGAGUGUUAUCAGAAAUGUCCAUGGAAUGAGCUCGAGUACGAGUAGAACACCGACAUCUGGGGGUGUUUAUUACUCCGGGGAAACACCACAGGGUCCACUACCGACACCACCUGGUUCAGAGGGUUCCUCGACUUAUGGAGAGCAUCAAUUCGUUCUUGGCCACAAUCAAAAAUCCGGAACAGGUACGAGUGGUGCAGAUGCAUUUCCCAGUUUAGUGUCAUCGUACUCAUCAGCUGGUGGUUAUGGUGUGGAUUAUCACUCGACGAUGACUCCACCGUCUUCGGUAUCACCCAGAGAUAAACAGCAGCAGCAACAGGCUCACCAGCAGCAGCAACAACAGCAGCAACAACAAGCUCAACUCCACUCAUCGAGUGUUGUCAGUAGUUAUGAAACUCCAGUUUAUGGAGAUCCUGUUAUCAGGCAUCAGUAUGAACCCGCUCAACCAUUGCCCCUCAAACCUCAGGUGUAUUCAGCUGCUGUUCAUCCGAGUGCCCUUGAUGCAGCUGCUGCUUAUGCAGCAUCUGCUGGCCUCAGUGAACAGCCACAAUUCUAUCAUCAUCCAGCUGCUGGUCCGGGAUUUCAUCUAUACCAUCCGAGUAAUAAGGCUACAACCAACGGAUGGUAUAGUUCGGCGUCCUAGUAGAUCGAUAACAUAUGGCGUGUACUUAAUUAAGGAGUAAAUCAAUCCAAAGUCUGUUUUAAUAAUGAGGAAAUGGAAUUUUUCAUCCGGUGCAUAUCAGCGACUACCGCGUUAUACUUUGGUAAUUAUUGGUUGUUAAUUACUUUUGGUGAACUCAUAUGGGUCUCAGCAUCUGGUACCCUUGGCUGACAAAAGUAAAUGAUUCUCUUCCAGAAAAUUUUAUCGACGUUUUUUGGGCCUAUUAGGAUUUUUUGUAAAGUUUAAUUUGUUGUCCUUUAGUUGAGAUUGUUUUUAUUCGAUUGUAAAGCUCUCUAAUUAGGUGAAUUAAUUGGAGCCAGUGUCGGCCAUUAGUUUGGACUGUGCAGACCACAUUUUCUUUUUUAUCAUGUACUGUUUCAAAUGAGUAAUUAUUAUUAAAUGAGUAAUUAAUUUUAAUUGCACGGUCGCGCCUGUAAAUAUUGUACAAAUAAUAUCGCCCUUCGCAUUGUCCUUCCACUCCCUUAUUCAUCUUAUUUUUUGAGAUGAUGACAAACGUUUUUGUCCCGUUAUUUUUUACCCCCAUCAGACCUUAAGCCGAAAAAAAGCAACUGAAUAAGCGAAACGGUGAAUUGAAUUAUCUUUUAAGUAGUUACAUUCCGUCUAUUAACGAAUAGAUAGUCCGAUUUACAAUUAAUUUUAUUACCCUAGGAGAUGAAACGUGGUUUAAUUGUGAGUGAGAGUCAGUGAGAGUCUGUGAGAUUUGGCGUGAAAAUUUGUUUCGGUGAAUUUUAUGGAAAAAAAAAUGAGAAAAAAUCAGUUGUGGAGCUUUCACUUUGCAAAAUUAAAAAAAAAAUUCGACGCGAGGCUUUCGAUCAAUAUUGUACUGUGUAUAUAAAUUAAUUAAAUUUAGUGUCGACGUCCUGCGUCGUUGAAUGACUAUGUCAACUUUGUAGAUCA